AUGAACAAAAAUGAUCUUCCACUAUCCUCCAAAGUUAUAUUCCAAAGUCCGAUGGUCGAAAAUGUCUACAAGGAAUUUAUUUUAUCAUCAAAACCCAUCAAUCUGAAGAAAUAUGCAACGGCAAAACCAAAACACUCACUAAAUGAUUCGAAAAUAUAUUACAUACCAAUUGGACCUAUGCCAUAUCAUUUUUCACAUGGACCAGGUUAUGACUAUCAACCAUAUAGAUUAAACUCAGGAGUUCAGGGUAACAAACAGCCAGUACCUCCGCAACAUCCCAUAAUCAAUGGACCAAAUGUGCCACAAAACUUCUUGCAAGCGUUUCUACAAAAUUUUCAAAAAAAUCCACAAAAUUAUUUACAAAAACUUCCACAAAAUAUACAACAAAAUAAGCAACAAAAUGUACCACAGAAUGUCCAAUCAAACUACAGACCUAACAGUAUUGUACCAAAUAGACCACAAAUUGUACAACAAAUUGUACCACAAAGUGUACCACACAAUGUUAUUGCAUCCAAUUCUCAACCAACACCAGUACCAGCAGUUAGCUUGGCUGAUACAAUGAUGACACGAUUAAAUGGACACGCAUACUAUUUCAAUGGCCGACCUUACAAUUUGAAAGCCUACAGAGCUUCACCCAAGCUGAAUGUAGAUAAACAUAAUUUAGAAUCGCAUUUGUUUUUUAAUAAAAACAUUAUCUAUUAA